CCCCUCUCGGUGGCCAGGAGCUUCUGGCCGCUACAAGUCAGAAGCUGAGCCCAGCCUCUGGCGCCUCAGCAAGCGGCGGCAGCAGGAGCCCGGAGGCGCUCAGGCUGGUGUGGUGGACUCGGUGGGGCAGCGGGGCAGCGGGGCACAGAGCCGGCCAGGAUGGAGGCAGAGGGCAACAGCGUGCCUGCCCGGGCAGGCAGCGAGGAGGGCAGCGACGGCACUGGCGGGGCCGCACUCAAAGCCCCUAAGCAUCUUUGGAGGCACGAGCAGCACCACCAGUACCCGCUCCGGCAGCCCCAGUUCCGCCUCUUGCACCCCCAUCACCACCUGCCCCCACCACCACCACCCUCACCCCAGCCCCAGCUGCAGCCACCGCCACCGCCCCCACUGCCACCACCCCCGCCACCGCCCGGAGCUACCCGUGGUCGCUACGCCUCAAGCGGGGCCAGCCGCGUCCGGCACCGCGGCUACUCGGACACCGAGCGCUACCUGUACUGCCGUGCCAUGGACCGCACCUCCUAUGCGGUGGAGACCGGUCACCGGCCGGGCCUGAAGAAAUCUAGGAUGUCCUGGCCCUCGUCUUUCCAGGGACUCAGACGUUUUGAUGUGGACAAUGGCACAUCAGCGGGACGGAGUCCCUUGGAUCCCAUGACCAGCCCAGGGUCUGGGCUAAUUCUCCAAGCAAACUUUGUCCACAGUCAACGCCGGGAGUCCUUCCUGUAUCGAUCUGACAGCGAUUAUGACCUCUCUCCAAAGUCUAUGUCCAGGAACUCCUCGAUUGCCAGUGAUAUACAUGGAGAUGACUUGAUUGUGACUCCAUUUGCUCAGGUCUUGGCCAGCCUGCGAACUGUAAGAAACAACUUUGCUGCAUUAACUAAUUUGCAAGAUCGAGCACCUAGCAAAAGAUCACCCAUGUGCAACCAACCAUCCAUCAACAAAGCCACCAUCACAGAGGAGGCCUACCAGAAACUGGCCAGCGAGACCCUGGAGGAGCUGGACUGGUGUCUGGACCAGCUAGAGACCCUACAGACCAGGCACUCCGUCAGUGAGAUGGCCUCCAACAAGUUCAAAAGGAUGCUUAAUCGGGAGCUCACUCAUCUCUCUGAAAUGAGUCGGUCUGGCAACCAGGUGUCGGAGUACAUAUCAAACACAUUCUUAGAUAAGCAACAUGAAGUGGAAAUCCCCUCUCCAACUCAGAAGGAAAAGGAGAAGAAGAAAAGGCCGAUGUCUCAGAUCAGUGGGGUCAAGAAACUGAUGCACAGCUCCAGCCUGACUAAUUCAUGUAUCCCCAGGUUUGGGGUUAGAACAGAGCAGGAAGAUGUCCUGGCCAAGGAACUAGAAGACGUGAACAAGUGGGGCCUCCACGUUUUCCGAAUAGCAGAGCUGUCUGGUAACCGGCCUCUGACUGUUAUCAUGCACACAAUUUUUCAGGAACGAGAUUUGUUAAAAACAUUUAAAAUCCCAGUAGACACUUUGAUCACGUAUCUUAUGACUCUGGAAGACCAUUACCAUGCUGACGUGGCCUAUCACAACAACAUCCAUGCUGCCGAUGUCGUCCAGUCCACUCAUGUGCUGCUCUCUACACCUGCUUUGGAGGCUGUGUUCACAGACUUGGAGAUUCUCGCGGCCAUAUUUGCCAGUGCAAUACAUGAUGUGGAUCAUCCUGGUGUGUCAAAUCAGUUUCUGAUCAAUACAAACUCGGAACUUGCCCUGAUGUACAACGACUCCUCUGUCUUAGAGAACCAUCACCUGGCCGUGGGGUUUAAGUUGCUCCAGGAAGAAAACUGUGACAUUUUCCAGAAUCUGACCAAAAAGCAAAGACAAUCUUUAAGGAAAAUGGUCAUUGACAUUGUCCUUGCGACAGACAUGUCAAAGCACAUGAAUCUGCUGGCUGAUUUGAAAACGAUGGUUGAGACUAAGAAGGUGACGAGCUCUGGCGUCCUGCUCCUUGAUAACUAUUCUGACAGGAUCCAGGUCCUUCAGAACAUGGUGCACUGUGCAGACCUGAGCAACCCGACAAAGCCGCUCCAGCUGUACCGCCAGUGGACGGACCGGAUUAUGGAGGAGUUCUUCCGCCAGGGGGACCGGGAGCGUGAGCGUGGCAUGGAGAUAAGUCCAAUGUGUGACAAGCACAACGCCUCUGUGGAAAAAUCACAGGUGGGCUUCAUAGACUAUAUUGUUCAUCCACUCUGGGAGACAUGGGCAGACCUCGUACAUCCUGAUGCCCAGGACAUUUUGGACACUUUGGAGGACAAUCGUGAGUGGUACCAGAGCACAAUCCCCCAGAGCCCCUCCCCUGCACCUGAUGACCAAGAGGAGGGCCGGCAGGGACAGACUGAAAAAUUCCAGUUCGAACUAACCUUAGAGGAAGACUGCGAGUCAGACACUGAAAAGGACAGUGGAAGUCAAGUGGAGGAAGACACUAGCUGCAGUGACUCUAAGACUCUGUGCACCCAAGACUCGGAGUCCACUGAAAUCCCCCUCGACGAGCAGGUUGAGGAGGAGGCCGUAGCGGAAGAGGAAAGCCAGCCCGAAACUUGCGUCACCGCAGAUGAUUGUUGUCCCGACACGUAACAGUAUAAAGGCUGUCCCACUUUUUCUUUCUUUUUUUUUUUUAAGUAGAAAAAAUUGUUUCCAAAGUGCAUGUCACAUGCCACAACCAUGGUCACACCUCACUGUCAUCUGCCAGGACGUUUGUUGAACAAAACUGACCUUGAACUACUCAGUCUGGCGCUCAGGAAUAUUGUAACCAGUUCUUUCAACCCCCCUCCCCCCAUGUCAUCGGAGAAGGGAGAUAUCUUCACGAACAUGAUGUUGACAUGACAUCAGCUUGGUAGAGCUGACAAAGCAGAUAAAAUCAACUCCAACUGUUUUCAAGGGAGCGUGGCUCAUCCAGCUGUCCAGACAUGGAGCGGAUUGCAGGGUUCCUUUCUGGUCUGCUUGCAGAAAUGUUAAGAAGAAAGAAGGCAUUUGAUGAUGUGUGUGAACUCACAGAUGAAGCAAUGAAAGUGUCCCGACCCAGACACAGCUUGGAUCUGUCCCCAGGAAGAGGAUGAGCCACAGAAGUUGCAUACUUUUCUAAUUUCAAGUCUUCCUGAUACAUGACUGAACAGUGUGGUUCAGUGAGCUGCACUCACCUCUACAUUUUGUAUGAUAUGUAAAACAGAUUUUUUGUAGAGCUUACUUUUAUUAUUAAAUGUAUUGAGGUAUUAUAUUUAAAAACAAAACAAAACAAAACUCUGUUCAGAAUUUCAUCUGCCACUGGUUAUUUUUUUUUCCUAAGAAGUAACUUGCAAGUUUUCAGUACGGAUCAGUACUACACUGGAGAAAUCUCAUUUACGAAUUUUACUCGCACCUUAGAGUUCAUAGCAACUAACUGAUUUGUAGUGAUUCAUUCUUUUAUAUACUGAUGACUUCCAUAUUCUAAAACAGAGAAACAAAUUUAUGUUGCCGGAAACCCUUUUUGUAAGUGUCCAUUGACUCCUCCUUUUCUUUCACUCCUCUGCCCACCAGGAGAGUUUGCUCUCCCACAUUGCUUCCCUCACUGUGCACAAAGUGAGUAUUUAUUCUGUAAUACGUCUGUGUGCAUUACGUCCAGUGUGUCUUAAACCUCAUAGGAGCUCAGUCAUCAGCUGCUGUUGUCUGAAGUAAAUGGGAGCUAUAUAAAUACCCAGUAGCUAAAACAGUCAAGUCUUUUCCAGGCAUUUUCCUACCCACUGCCUUCUGAUGACUUACUUUUUUUUUUUCUGUGUCAGGAGACAUGCAUUCACAAAUGCUUGUCCGUGUAGUCACCCAUACAUUUCACGAUCAUCUUAUUGUUGCUCACAUCCAGUUACAGGAAGAAAAACAUUUUCCCUUCAUGCUGCUUGAUUUAAUGUCUGUACCAGCUCCCACCCAUAUUCACUUGAUGGGGGUCUAUCCCUACCAUUCUGACUGAGAAAAAAGAAACAGGUUGUCAGGUUAGGGCUGAAGUUGAAUUCUACUACAUGGUUCUGCCUUUUCCUUUAGCUUUUCCUCUGAGGUUGCAGAGGGAAAACAUGCUAAGUGUUACAUAGGCAGUUCUUAAGAAUGUCAGCCAACACUAUCAACAAAUACCAGGAUAGCUAUUUUUCGAACUGCCCAUGAACAUGAGGAGUAUCCCUGGGAAGCGGUUCUCACUGUUGCAGCUGCUCUUUCCUAGUGGAUAGCCCAGUAACGCGUAGACAUUGCUAUUGAUUAUUACUGCUCCAUCAGCUUGUCCCAUAGGAAGGCCUGUUGCUGACACACUAAAGGAGAGUUGAUGACACUGCCUGCUCCAGGCAGGUAGUUAUGCCAUGGAAUCUAAAACAGUGGAGUGUGUGAGUCUGCCUCACUAGAACAUUAAGAGAGAAUUCCAGAUUUCAGUUCCAGGAACUCAGUUGACUUUCUAGAUUAGUUCCCAGGGUUACUAAUCAGUGUCCAGCCUAGACCAUAGUUGUAUGCUUGGUGUAAGGUUUGGAGCCCUUUUUGGCACCCAAAUGGGGACUAAAGGGGAGGGUGGUAUAUGACCAAAUGGAAAAGGAAACAUUUAAGAAAAGUUGUAAGUCUGAAAGAAAACAUGAAUGAAACUUCUCAAGGAAGUUGGGGGCUAGUGACUGAGAAGGUAAAUCAGUCAUCAGGCAGGGAAACUACCCAAGGUGCACUGAAUCCAGUUGAUGCUUAGAUCCUUUGGUACACAAGUAUUUCUUAUUUUUUCAUUUUAUGGAUUCCUGAAGGAGGUCUAGAAGGAAAGGUGAAGAGUCUAGAGUUUAUCCCCCUUCCCAAAUCAUUCUCACUUUCUUCCCUCCCUAUGUGUGGCAUUUCCCCCGACAGAGUGCCUGUAGUCUUCAUAAUAAAAUAAGUAAAUAAAUAAAUAAGCAAUAUGUCAUAAACAGAUCCAUACUGCAAGCAUUUACAACUACAGUAAUGGAGCUUUCGUUUUGUAGUGUGUUGGUUUUUAAUGGCACUGUGCUGUCGAGGUACCCACGGGUGGACAAUCAAGCUGUAGAGGACACAUAAUAUCCAAGAGUUAGGGACUACUACACCAUACCUACUCAACCAUCUGCUUACCACCCCACCCCGUUACCAUGCCCUGCCCCGGCUCACUCACUCAUCAAAGUGUGCUUCACAAUACACGCUGCAUUAACAAGAACAUCUUUAUAACAAGUGGCUUUACAUUUCCUAAAAUGCCAUAAGAAAAAAUGCAAUAUCUGGGUACUGUAUGGGGAAAAAGAAGUCCAAGAUUUGCAUAAAACCAGUACAUUUCUGCUUGCAAGUUACCGAACACGAUAACGUUGUUUCCAUUAUGUCUUCAUCUACAUCAGUUAAAAGUCACAAGUAACACAAUGUAGAUAGAACAAAUUGCAGAUAAGGAGAGAAAAAAAAUAAACUUGAAUGAAACAGAUUUUACAGAAAGCUUUAUGAUAAUUUUUAAUGCAUUAUUUAUUUUUUUGUGCCAUGCAUUUUUUCCUCACCAAAUGACCUUACCUGUAAUACAGUCUUGUUUGUCUGUUUACAACCGUGUAUUUAUUGCAAUGUACAUACUGUAAUGUUAAUUGUAAAUUAUCAGUUCUUAUUAAAACAUCAUCCCACCCUGGGAUGGUGGUGACAUAUUUGGAAACUCUUGGUGAGAGAAUGAAUGGUGUGUAUACAUACUCCUUGUACAUUUUUCUUUUUCUUCUGUAAUAUAGUCUCGUCAUCAUAGAGCUUGUUUAUGGAAAAUUCAAGAAAAAUAUAAAAUACAUAAAGAUAUAUAAAUUUAAAUAACAUAGCUGCAGGUCUUUGGUCCCAGGGCUGUGCCUUAACUGUAACCAAUACUUUCUUCUGUUUUGCUGCAUUUCAAAGUUAGGUGAUAGCGAGGCUCGGGCUGGGCGUUUUUUUUUUUUUUUUUUUUGGAGCCGUGCUCUUCACUGACUGGAUUACAAAACUAUAGAUCACUGCUGGAGAACCUUCUGACCCUUGCGAAACGAAAGCUCUUAAGUAUGUGUUGCCAUGGAGUCAGAUGGCACCAAUGGUGCGUGUUUACCAGCUGAGUACCGGGAGCUACUUCACCUGGACACACGGAUUGGUUUUCUUACUCCCAAACCACAUACCAAUUAAACAGUCUUCUCCAGUGACCGCAGAAUGGCCUUCCGGCUCCUAGACCUCACAGGAAGAUGAAUUUGAUUUGAAAUGGGAGGCAUAGUUCACUGAUCUCAUCAGUCCUGUGUUCACAAGCUUCCUGCCAUGCCAAGACAUAUUUUUAAUACUAUCUUUUUCUCCAAGAUUAACCAAAUUUAUAUAUGUAUGAUACAUAGUCCAUAUGUAUGAUACAUAUGCAUACAUACACAUGUACACGUAUGUACAUGUAAAUCAUCUACUUAAACACGGUUAAACAUAUGGUGAUGCCAAUUCAUGUAAAAUAAAGAGUUCAUGUCUCUCUAAAAUUGUUUUGUGCGUCCAUGUGGAGUUGUUAAGCCUAGCCUUGUACAAUGGCCAGUCCCGAAAGCCACAAGAGCUUCCUGGUAGAAAAGGUGGCCACCUCUCACUACAGCCCAGCCCUUAGAAUGUGUGACAUAGAAAAAAGAAAUUUUUUUUCUAGGAAAAAAAAAUGAGCCUCCUAUUAUUUCAUUUUAUUUUUGACACAGACUGUAGAUUUUAGCAGCCCUGGCCCAAAGGAAUUUGAUUACUUUUGUUUUAAACAGUACAAAUGGGACACUAUACUCAGAAAAUACAUCCUUUACUGAUUUCAGUUUUUUAAUUGCUUUAUUUCUUUGGGUAUGUUUUCAGAGUGGUAGACUGGGUGUGAGCAUCGCAGGUGAUGAAUGUGUUAGUGGGUUCUUAGCCUCUCUUACAGCCCAUGGGGAUAGCACUGUACAUCAAUACCUUCAUAUAAAAUUUUUAUAUGCCAUGAAAAUAAAAGCAUGGGUUGAUUCUGCCUA